CGGAGAAUGAAAAAAUGACGCCUUCCAAUGAGAUCAGGGCAAAAAUAGAUUUCUAAUACGUAAUGUACCAAUAGUACUUCUUCGGACACUACGUAUAUAAAGAGAAAAAGGGUGCCCACCUGCAUCCCCCAUUAUGGACAUGUACACAGUACCCAACCCCUCCACACCAUGGUGCCCACCAGGGCUGGAAUAUCUGACAGAAGUUGAUCAGCUGCUUAUAAAACAGAAGGUAGAACUUGUAGAAGCUCUCGUCGGCUUUGAGAGCAACAACAAGUACGAGGUGCAGAACUCGAUGGGCCAGAACGUGUUCUACGCCGUGGAGGAGAACGACUGCCUGUCCAGGCAGUGCUGUGGGCCCAUACGAGCCUUCACCAUCCGGGUCCUGGACAACUUCGGGCAUGAAGUGAUCACCGUGACCCGCCCGUUGAAGUGCAUGUCCUGUCUCUUCCCCUGCUGUCUGCAGGAGCUGGAGGUCCAGGCACCCCCGGGGAACACGGUGGGAUACGUUAUUCAGCAGUGGCACCCUUUUUUGCCCAAGUUCACCAUCCAGAACGAAAAACGGGAGCCCGUGCUGAAGGUCCAGGGGCCCUUCUGCGGCUGGAAUUGCCUGCCGGACAUCGAAUUUGAGAUCAUGACCAUGGAUGAAGUCAACAAGAUUGGGAAGGUCAGUAAGCAGUGGUCCGGGCUUCUCCGCGAGGCCUUCACGGAUUCAGACAACUUUGGCGUUCAGUUUCCCAUGGACCUGGAUGUCAGGAUGAAGGCCGUGAUGAUAGGGGCUUGCUUCCUCAUCGAUUUCAUGUUCUUUGAAAGUAACAACUAAGGACCUGAUGGAAGCUGUUGAACUAUGCCACAGCAGAGCGUUAAGAAGAGAGCUGCAAACUGCAUGUCAUUGCAUUGUGUUUGUGAUGCAUCAGCAUCGUUGUGCUUUUGAUUUGAAUGCCGGAUUGGAAAGGAGUUUGUAGUGGAAAUCAAGAUCAGGGAUGAAAGCUAGAUGAAAGCUAGCUUUUUAAAUCACUUGUACACACAGAACCAGGUUUGUGUAGUAGGAGCUUCUGAUAUUAGUAGAGUCUACAGGUCUGAUACUGCCCAUCAGUGGCUGGACACCGAGGUGAAAGGUGUCAGUUUACUUCCAUCCAUCACCAUGGAUCUUGUGCAAUCUGACUGCUCACUGUACCCAAGUAACGGCUGCUGUUAAGUAGUUAACGUGAUGAGAAUGUAAACCAGAAUCGUUACCUGGUGUCUGUUACCUAGUGUCUGUUACCUGCGUCAUAACAAACACAACCAGCCAUAAACCAUAAUGCUUUUUCAGUUCAGAAUCCUCCCAUCUGCUGAAAACAGAUGGCACCAAUGCAUUGUUCAUACAAAUAAUUUCCAUGUACAAAUAUGUAAUGUAAUCGUACAACUUUUGUUUUUGCCAGUAGUCUGUGUACAGUGUGUUUAAAUUUCACAUACUUGUCAAUUAUUUAUUUAUUUAAUUAUUUAUUUAUUUAUCUAUCUCUCUAUCUAUGUUAAUACAAUUUGAUUGUUGUAUUCAUAUUUAGAUCUAAUCAGUGUUUUUUUAAAUUUUUAUAAAUAACAAUUAUGCUCCAAAUGAAAUUAACAUAUACAUUUAGCCAGUUCAUAGUUUACUUUUUUUCAGACCAUGAACUUAACAAGGCCUUAAAAAGCAUUUCCCUUAGUAUCGUCAUUUUUCCACUAGGUGGCAAUAGCUGUCCAUUAGUCAACUAAAAAUUCAGGCAGAAUGUAACAAUCAAUGCAACGUAAAUUACUUAGAAAAUAAUGCUUUUUUUACCUCUGUAAAAUAACUUUACUUGCCAGAAAUGCAUGUCUUACCACGUAGGUUGAUUCAUAUUUACACAUUAUGGAAUAUCUUCUUGGCACCAGAGAACUAAAUGGAGCCAGUGCAAUGUUCCUGAAUUAUUCUGGUAACUAUCUGUCUACUACUGUAAUUCACUGAAUGCAAGUAAGUAAAUUGUGUGCACUAAUGUACAAAAUGAGAUGAUUAAAUGUCAGGACUUGCAUACCAAAAA